AUGGAGGGUGUUGGCGCCGCUGAGCGGAAGGUUGUGAGCUAUUGCACAAAGUCGGGCCGAGGGACCCGCGUCAUACCGCCGGGCACACUCAAGAGCGUUCAUUUUGUCAAGACCCCCAACUAUGUGCAGGUGAGCGGCAUGGCCGAUUUCUCGAAGAUGUUCAUCAACAGUGAUGGCGGUGGUGGCGAGCUAGAUCCUCAUGGCGAAGACGGGAUGGGAAAUCCUAUCGGCGGUCUCGUGUUUACGAAUGCUUUUGGGCACAAGCUUGUUCAGGCGCACGAAUGGCAUAGCUUUAUGGACCCCAAGUCUUACUGUCUUCGCGUAUGUAAGGACAGCAACUCGGCAUGGGACUACUGCAAAAAUAUCUACGAUGAACUGGGCUGCAACUUCAAUAUGCCCACUGGGCCUGACGAUGGCAACGACUUUGAGUCAUGCGAGGGCGAUUCGGCACAGAUCGUGGGUGUAUACACGGAGAAUGGCGUUGUUUCUACUUUCUUCCAGUCGCAAACACUCCAGGGCCAGUCAAUACCCCCGCCCAAGCCUGCGCCGCCUGUGAGUCAGUGCAAGCCGUUUGCCUCUUCGGAACUAGAGGGCUCAGUAAAGGCUCCAUUUGCUAAUGCUGUCUUCGUCGGCCGCGUCCUCGUCGACCUCGUCUUCGACCUCUCCGUCAACGUCCUCGUCAUCCUCUUCCAUGUCAUCGCGCAACUCUGCGGGCGUUCCAUUGCUACUCACGACGUCUUCCUCUGCAUCUUUGCAAUCGAGCUCUACAAGCUCGUCUUCUUCCCCUACGUCCUCGCCGUCGAGUUCGCGUUCAACUACCACGGUGACCUCUUCGGAUUCGUUGAUUGA